CAAAAGCCACUUCAUCUUAUUAUUUUAUUGAAACAAACGUUGUGACGUUCCCUAUCCUGAUGGUUCCUUCCAUCUUCCGUGAAUCUCCAACUAUAAAUCGCAUUCGCCGGGGGAUCGAGCAUGCCUAUCCAUUCCGUCCACCCGUCGAUUGAUCCGCCGGAGUCGGUUCAUAUUAUUUUUCUCGAAGAUCAUCGUCAAUGGAGUCCCGGGCCAUUAGUCCCAGUAAGACAGCGCUGCCGCACGCGUAUGCGCUGCUGGCCCCGUCCGAGGCCAUGGAGGAGCGCCGGAGCGGGGCCGGGGCGAGGUGCGCCCGUGCAUGGUGGUGCUGGUGGAGUGGUGGUGGGCGGCGAUGUGGUGGAGGACAUGUCGUGGCUGGCAGAGACGGCGGGGUGUCUAGGCAGGGAAGCCGGCGUGUCGGAGAAGACCUGCAGGGCGGUGGAUGAGAUGGGGUUCCUCGCCGCCGGCGCUGACGCUGACGGGAUCCCCUGGAGCAAAGCCAUGCUCCAGUGGCAACACACCGGCUUCCAUUUCCAGCCCGAGAAAAACUGGAUGAAUGGUGCACAUAAGUGAGGCCAGGACAAGGAUCUAGGCGGCGGUGGACUGGAUAUUUUCUAUCUGUUAAUAGCGUCUCUCUCUCCACAUAAAUUUCUGUCUCCUCUCUGUUAACUUUCUCUCUGUUAGUUCUCCAUGAAAAAUCAAUAGAUUGUGAAUCCCAGACUCUGAAUGCAUGCGACCGGUCCAGUGGGCAUGUGCGACUUUAUCCUACAGCUUCGUCC